CGGCCGAAUGUUCCAUCUUGUUUCGGAUCUACAAAAGUGCAUCAUUUAUAGUUUUGGAUCAUAUACUCGUCCCGGGCUGUCGACUCUAUCUAGUGGGAUCUGGACCGAGUAGUCAUCUGCACACCAUGCCACCAAGUAAGAACAAUACGAAGAAAGAGUCUGGACGGGCGAAGAAAGCCGAGAAUGAGGAGAAGAAAUCUCAAGCCGCUGCCAAAGCUCAAGAAGCCAAAGAAGCGGAAAAGUGGAAAGAUGGAGCAAAGGGAACUACGAAAGCCGACCUAGCCGCUGUCAAGGCUGCAGAACAGGCGAAGAAGAAGGCCGAAAAAGAAGCUCUGCUUGCAGCUGAAGAAGCCUCUAUGCCCUCUAAGCCUAAGGCAGCGCCUAAAGCCGGAGCGAAAAAGAAGCCGACAACUGACAAACCAUUGCUUGCUCCUGGAGGUGGAAUAGCCAACUACUCUGUGAAUGAUCCGCUUGGGUUGAGGAGAUCAAAUGCAGAUCAAGCGGGAGAAGGAUCGACGACAGCUCUUAGUGCAACGGGAGUGGAGGAUAUGUUGGAAGCUUUGGAGCUGGCGAAUCAAAAGACGGAUAAGGAUACGAUGGGAGCCAAGGCCGGUCUGAUAGAAAGGCAUCCAGAGAGACGGUUCAAAGCUGCUUUCGAAGCGUAUUUGGAGAGAGAGAUGCCCCGUAUAAGGGAAGAUUAUCCUGGUCUCAGACAGAAUCAAUACCGUGAUAGACUGUUCAAAGAAUUCGAGAAGCAUCCUGACAAUCCUUUCAACCAGGCUCAAGUGGCGUAUAAUGCGACGAAGGAUGAGAGAGUGGACGCCCUGAAGCAGGUCAUGGAUGCCAGGGAGGCUAAGUACAGGGUGGAGCAGUGAAGGUCAGGAUGCGGGAAGACGGCUGUACACAUGAGACAGGAGUGUCUUGCUUUGCUGCUUCAGCAAGUAACUCCUGAUACCUACUCAUCCGGUGAUGGCCAAUCCGACAAAGUACAUGUGGA